AUGCCUUAUACAGACACGGAUUUGCUAUCUGGAGACAAUGCUGAAGAGCAACUAGCCGUCGCCGAGCGUGAGCUUCUGGAAGCUAGGGCGACUUAUACAGUCAGGAGGAAAGCUGUUGGCACAGUUCUUAUGACUGAUCCCAUCCUCAAGGCUGUUCAUCUGAAAGCGUCGACGCCAGCUGAACAGGCCCUCCUACGGCUCAUUAAUCGUCGCGACAUGCUAUCUUUAGCGCAUGAAAAUCUGAAUACUGCACACAAUGCAACUCUUCGAAGGCUUUCAAGCCUGGAGGUGGAAAAUUCACAGAUCCACCAGCAAAACCAAGAGUUAGUCCGUGAGCUGUUAGCCCUUACGGUAGAUGAUGAAUCAUGGAGAGAGAAUCUGGAAGAUGCGGAGCUCAAGGCCCAGCUAGAUCAACUAGAUGCGGAUCGCAGGAAAAGCAAAGCUAAAUGGGAAACCAUGAAAAACAUCGCAAGCGGGAUGGUUGUCGGUAGUGGAGUGAACUGGGCUGAAGACGAGAGGCUCACGGCUCUGGUCCUUGACGAAUCUGAUGAUUGA